GAUGUGCCGCGUGCUAUGGAGUAGCAUCUGGAUAUAGAGCUGAGUUGUUUUAUUUAUUUAUUUAUUUAUUUAACUUUAUUUUUUUUAUUUUUUAAAGAAAACUUUGACAAAGCAGACGCAAAGUAAGCGUGUCUCUUCUUGAUGACGUCUAUGCAGGCGUUUGCUUUAGCUUGAGUCCACAGUGAUGUUUGCAGGAGUACUAGUACUGUUAUAAAAUAACACCGAACAGGAACUCUGACGAGGGGUCCGAGGAUGCCUUUAAUUUGUUUACGUUUUGGAGCACAGGGAAUAUUAUUACGCAGAGCACUGCUCGGGGAACCAAGGCACCGUUCAGGGCAGUUUGCUUCCUUGAGGUUGGCUAGCUCUGAUGGGAAAUCGGAAGCCAAGAAAACACCACUAAGGACACCAAAAACCCCACAAGGUCGAUUUGAUGUUCCUGAACAAGCUCUCAAGGAGAGGGAUCCUCUUGAAAGAUUUCCUGAUGACAUAAACCCAGCUACAAAAGAGAAAGGAGGACCAAGAGGCCCUGAGCCAACUCGAUAUGGGGACUGGGAGAGAAAGGGACGAUGCAUUGAUUUCUAACAUGAAAGCUAUAAUAUACUUGCAUGUCUUGUCUAAGAAAUGAUAAGUGAAGAGGAUGAAGAAAUACAUUGAUCAGUGAAAAAUAAAAAAGAUAGUGAACAAAUUCCCUUUCCUCCUGUUGUCAGACCUUAUUUUUAUUUUAUUUUUUUCCAAAAAAGAAAGCAACUCAAGAAACAGCUGACAGAUUCACAGAUGUGCCUGGUGGAGAAUAUGUGGUAGCAAAUGACAAUUAUAUUUUUCAAUAAGGGGCUUACUAAAUUAUUCACACCUAUACUUAAUAGAUGAUGAAUUUAACACUUAAAACUUAUGACAUAUUUGGCCUAUGGUUACAGACUUCUGAAACACUCACUGUGGCCUGAAUUUUCCACACUGGGAAAAUUAAGUCCUAUAUCUUGCGACAUUACUACUACCUGGCAUGUACCGUAUUCCUGUUAUUUAAAUGCACCAUAUGCAGUUUAAUUUAAUAAAUACAUAUAAUUAUUGAA